CCACGCCCCGCAGUCGCAGCCGCAACAACCUCAACAGCCGGCUGGAGGGCAGCGCCACCGGGGCCCUGGACAGCCAGGCCGGACCCCAGACCAUGGAGGUCUCCUGCUAAACCCCACCUCUAGUAACUAACAUAUGCCCUCUCGCUCUCUCCUUCUCUCUCUCUGCCUCUGAUCCCACUCCUAGGCACCUCAACUCCAGGAGGAUCUGUAAUGAACUAUGUGAUUAGAAGAGAGGAUGUAAUAAUUAUAUUAACAGAUGACUAUUAUUAAAUACUGUCUUGAAUACACAGUCAGUCACAUUCCUAUCAGAAACCAUAGCUACAUUCAGAUGUUGUAUAUUCACAUAGUCAAACCCUAUCAUUGACUCAACUGUCCAACCUCACCCCAGUUUAUUUAUUUUGUUCACAUCACCUUUGUUUUAUUAUCAUUUUGUUUUCUUCUUGUCAUCUUUGUCUUCACACACACUGUAGAAUUCCUUCAUAUGUAGUUUUUUCUUUUAAUAGUUUUAUUAUUUUAACUGAUUUCUUUCAGUUAUGAACUCUGUGUACAUUAAUUGUGAGUCAUUGUUUUUUCUCUAUUUUUAUUCUCAGACUUGCUGCAAUGCAAAUUAGUCACAAAGCAUAGAGAAGGGUCACUAAACCUACUGUGGCUGCAGAAAUAAGAUUGCAGUCUGUAUUUAAAGUGAUGCGGAUGGUACACCGGCGAGCUGCUGCGUACUGCCGCACACUGUCAGUGAAACUACAUGAGAGCCGUGGAGACGGCAACUUUUAAACAACAGAGAACAUUCAGUGUUGAGGAAAUGUUGUGUAGCCGUGAGUCAACUGUCACCUUACAGGCAUUCUUUUGUUUUGGAUUCUUUUUGUAAUUGAACUCAUCUCCUUUUUCUUUCUGCUUAGUGUUUUUGUUUAGUUAAAUAGAUUAUUCAGUGACGAUUUGUCAACUUUUAACAGGCAGGUUCUGGUGUGAAGAACGCGAGUGCCUUCACUGAGGGCCCCAGUGGUGCUUCUCUCACUGUCUGCUGAUUCUCAUCUCCUUUAUAUUACUACUGAAUAAAGCUACAACAUGAUAAUGUCUUGUGUGUCUGUGUCUUUGUGUUUAUCAGUAUAAUAUAAUAUUUUUAACUACACAUAAAUAGCAAGUGUGGUGACUUUAUAUGAAUAACAGAAAAGAAUGUACUUGUGUUCCUAUGUCUGCUUGUGUUUGUAGAAAAGCAAGUUGACUGCGGUGAGUUAGUUUCCAACCACAUGUUCUUACUUCCUGUACCCAGUGAUAAUUGUUGUCACAGAUGAGACGGUCUAUAUUUAGCACAUUAAAAGAACAACAGUAGUUAGCAGCUCUACAAAUGAGAUGUGGAGAUUGACUUCAAACUGAAAAGCUGCACAGAUUGUCAUGAGAAUCAUCAUUAAUGUUAAUCUGAUGUUCAUAUCACCUCAGGCUUCACAUCACUCUGUUCUCCAUUGUGAAGGAACAGAUGUAGUUGAAAUGAGAAGUUUACAAAUACCUUAGUUAAAUACAUUUAAACUUUUUCACAGCAUCAGAAGCUUCUAAAGCCAUGACAUCAUUUUCUGGAAUUUUCCAAGCUGCUUAAAGGCCCGCUCAACUGAGUGCAUGUAAACGUCUGACCCACUGGAACUGUCUUAUAGUGAAUUAUAAGUGAAAUAAUCUGUAAACUGUUGGAAAAGUUACUUGUCAUGUAUAAAGUGCACGUCCUAACCAACUUGACAAAACAAGAGUUUGUUGACAAAUCUGUGGAGUGGUAAAAAAAAAAAAAUCAGUUUUAAUGACUUUAAUGAUGUGAACGUCUGACUUCAACUAUAAGUAGAGCAUAGUGCUGCAAUUGUCAAUAGAUGAUGUAUGAUUUAAAAGGAUAACUAUUCUUUGACCAUUCCACACACGAAUGAUUUACAGGUACAGAAUGUUGUCAUAUUCCUCCACUACCGCUCUGUGUGAAAGACACCAUAAGGAAUGACUGCUGAUAAAUCAGGGCAGGAGUAGGCUGCCAAGGGAACCCUUCCUCAUGCUUUUGCAGAGAUCUCUCAUCUGAUGCUACCAUCAAUGGCAACAUUUUAACAUGAUUGAUAAUAACUGAAUGUAGCAAGUGCACUGGGCUGGCAGGGUAACUGUGGUCACUGUUUUUGAUCUUGCAGACAUCCUAGUUCAACUGUAAAAUCUGAAGGCGGAUUCGUGCAGUUUUCUCUGCUGUACACAAACUGUCACUGUGAAAUGAUGUCACUACAUUAAACCCACCACACUGUACCCUGUAAACUCUGCUUACGCAGACAUACAGAUCAUUCCAUAAACAAGUGAUGUACGAUCAGCUCCACUUGAAAACAGCCUGCAUCAGAGAGAUCAACACAAGCUGUUCUGAGUCAGGAUGUCAAGAUGUUGAGCGUCACAGGAAGCUGCAGCAGGGUAACAUACAUAAAGCCCAUGCAGGAAGCCGCGUCUCUUCAGUCUGCCCCCACUAAAAACAGUUGCAAAAACAGCAGUCUUCAUGGGAACAGCAGAUGAGGGAACAGGGUCAUUUUGAUUGAUCAGCGGACUUGAGUUGCACACAAGUAUUUUUCUUCAAGGAGAAUUGGAAUUUACUAGUUGCUCUGAGAAUUAUCUGGGUCUGUACUUUUGGACAAUAUCAUUUCUGUGCUUAUUCUAAACACAGACACCAAAGGAGCUACAACAGUCAUUUCAAAUCAGCCAGAAGCCAAAGAACAUGGGGACCUGCCCAAUCAGAUGUCGAUCCAACAUGACAGUAAUUGAAAAUCCACCUGAACUUACAUCACCGGCACCUGAGGAAAGCAUGAUUGUAUCCCUCUACAACUACCCGUCUUUCGGUCACACACAGCUGAACAUGUGCGUGGGGGAAAGGCUCAUUAUCAUGUCGGAUGAUGGUGAUUUUAUUAUGGUGAGAUCCACCACCACGGGCCGUGACAGCUACAUUCCCACCAACUACGCCGCCAGAGUGACACACAGGUGGCUGUUCACAGGCACCAGCCGGUACAAAGCAGAGGAGCUGCUAAUGCAGCCAAGUAACCAGACUGGAGCCUUCCUGAUCAGAGAAUCAGAAACAAACAGAGAUUGUUACUCCCUGUCCAUUCUGAGGAGAACCAACACCUCACAUCCAGACUGUGUGAAGCACUACCGCAUCUAUCUCCUGCCGAAUGGCUGGCUUUACAUAUCCCCAAGACUCACCUUCCCCUCCCUGCAUGCCCUGGUGCAGCACUAUUCAGAGUUUGCAGACGGACUGACGUGUAGGCUGACAGUGCCUUGCUUCAUCCAGGGUGUAGACAAUGCUAGGCCUAUACCCACAGCUAUCAGGAGGCCUACUAUCAACUGGAAGGAAAUUAGCAGGUCGGUGAUCUUCAGGAGGAAAAGAACAGAGUCAGACCACUCUCUGGUGAGCGAGGGGCUGAGGGAGGCCAUCAGCUCCUACCUCCAAAUAACAGACGGCACUUGGGACACUUGAGGAAAGACAGUGGACCACUAUGAAAGAAUGAAA